AUGCAUUAUAAAGGUGCUUUGGGAGGAAGAGUUCAGGGUUACGAGAAGAACAAGAUUAAACUCCAACCAAGGAAGCAUGAAAUCCUCAAAGGGAAACCAGUGGUCACGUUCACUAAAGAAGAGCAUGAUAUGCUUGCGGAGACAUGUAGGUGGACGCUGAUAGGGAAGUUUGAACGAAGCAGACCCCAAAUCGACCAAAUCCGGGCUGACUUUGCCAAAAUUGUCCCGACAAAAGGACAUGUUAAAAUUGGGGCAAAAGAUAGAAAACAGGUCUUCAUCGAUAUGGAAAAUGAAGAUGACUACAACACCAUAAUUUCUUACAAUUUCAUCCAGUUGGGAGAAGAUAACAAUAUGGCAAUUCAAAGAUGGACCACUGAUUUUAAGCCUAAUGUUUCAUCUACUCUAGCUCCAGUGUGGAUUAAUCUUCCGGACCUCCCGUGGCAUUAUUACGAAUGGGCCGCUUUGUGUCGUAUAGUUGAACCGAUUGGUAACCCCAUUGUAAUGGACAAAGCCACCCAGUCCAAGACCCGACCAACCACGGCCAAACUCCGUGUGGAAAUUGAUCUUCUGAAACCUCUGCUCACCAAUAUUCAAGUGGCCAUAAGGAAUUCUGAAGGACAAGUCAAUACCUUUAACCAAAAGAUUGAAUACGAAACACUGCCCACAUUUUGUCAAUAUUGCAGAACCCAAGAUCACUCCCAAAAGAAAUGCAAGAGAACUAUUCUUGACCCUCAAUGA